UGCAUUAGGUACACCUGCGAAAAAGCAAAUUGUUACGCCUUUUUCCUCUUUACUUCUUUCAUUAAACUAAAGGAACAACUUUGACAGGAAACAGUUACACAAACAUUUAUUUCUCGGUUAUGGUCAAUAUUAAAUACGUAUUCGUUCCUAUGCUGGCAUAAAUGUUCAUUUCCUCCCCAGUGAUUAUAAAAUAAUACUUUUUAGAAUACAGCCUGCUAAUUAUUUAAAAUAAUAAAGUUAAAAAUAUUUUAAUAUUAUAAUACAACAUAGCUACCGUUUUUUGACUGUAACAAAUUGACUUUACGUGCUGUUCAAGAAAAUAAAGCAAUACAGAGGGGAAAAAUUUAACAUUCGAAAACAUCAAUUGUGAACUUUGAUCUCUGCCACUUAAAUAAUACUGUGCGCUCUAUUGCAUUAAAAAAUGAACUAAACUCGUCUUAUAUCAUUACUUACUUUUGAAAAAAAUAAUUGGAAUAAGGACAGCAUCAUGCAGUGCUACAAACCGAAAAGAUGGAACAUGUUUCUAGUGAUGAUCCUGGUGAUCUCCGUUAUUACUGCUAGCGUUGGAUUCUACGUUUUCAGGGCUGGAUCUCCCGCUGAAGCAACGUUACGUUUCGUUAGCAUAGUUCAUCGACAUGGUGACAGAGCCCCUGACCGUUCAUAUCCUCUUGAUCCGUACAAAGACAAAUCGUUUUGGCCGGAUGGACUCGGAGCUUUAUCACAGCGGGGGAAAAUCGGAUUGCACAGGUUGGGUAACUUCUUACGGCAACGUUACGAUGGAUUUCUGUCUGCCAAGUACUCACCAUCUCAGAUUUUCGUCUUUUCGAGUUUUUAUGAUCGAUGUUUGAUGAGCGCAAGCCUCGUCUUAGCGGGGCUCUAUCCGCCCGUUGGGCUUCAACUUUGGAACCCAGAUUUGAAAUGGCAGCCGAUUCCUGUUCAUACUGUUCCUUUACAAUACGAUGAUAUAAUUCGUGUAUCUAAACACUGUCCCCUCUUGUCGAAAGAGGAAGCCGACUGGCAAAACGUCACCAAACUGAAACUGGUCGAGAACCAAGAACUUCUUGCAAACAUUUCAAAGGGCACUGGCCUUGAAAUGAGAACAAUCUUGGAUGUCUACUUCAUAGAUGACAAUUUGAGGGUCGUGGAGGAGGAAGGACUUCCGUUGCCUCAGUGGGCUCACACUAUUGAUCGGGAAAGACUCCGAUCACUCGGCAAUAUCGGAGUUUUUAAACACUUUGCAACACCCGCCAUGAACAAACUCAAAUCAGGUGUCCUCAUAAAUGAGAUCUUAAGGAAUAUGAAAUCUAAAGCAAACACAAGGGAAAAAUUUGAGCGUCAGAUGAAUUUAUACUCUGCACACGAUAGUACCAUUGGUAAUAUCUGGCGAGGUCUAAACGUUACCUCAGACAUAGAGAGCUUAUUCCCUUCCUAUGGAGCAGCGGUCAUGAUUGAGCUCCACGAGAUCAAUGGGAAAUAUCGAGUGAAAAUACUUUUCAAAAGAAGUCACCUCGAUGACGACUUGAUAGUGCUGAAAACUGAGGGCUGCAGUCGGGGCAAGGAAACUGAUGCUAUGUGCGAUCUUGAUAUUUUCUCAUCGGCACUGCAGCAUGUCGUUAUCGACAACUUCGACAAGGCGUGCGAAAUCCCAACAGAGCAAACCUGAUUUCUACAGUGGAUUAACGUAAAAUUCUGGUUCUGUGAUUGUAUCGAAGAGGAAAAUAAUAAAGCAAAAAAUGACAGAAUAUCUAUAUCAGCUUUGA